GCAAAGCAGAAACCAUUCGCCGGGUUUUUGGGGGGCUUGUAUUGACUUUGAUUGCAAUUGUGCUGUGGAUUUUAGGCCGAAGCCGUGCGGUGCAGCGUCCAAAGACAUCGUGCAACGCACGAGGGAAACCAUGCGCGUCGGAUCGCGGAGCCAUAAGGCACGAGAGAUGGUGCAAGCCGCUGCACUCUCCAUAUGAUGUCACCGCUCUCCGGAGCCAAACGCGCGACGGUAGCGCUGCUCCACGCGGCGUCAGCGAUGUAUGCUCGCUGGCGUCGAGUUGGCACCGUCUCCUCACGCCAUCGGCGCGAGCGAUUUGUUCGAGACCAUUUGACGUCCGCGCAGGCGAAGCAAUGAGAGUAGCAGCCAUGCUCCUGGCCGCGCGGGCCGCCGCGCUCGCGCCGCGCCUGCCGUCCAUGGCACGGAGCGCCACUCGUUCCACAGUAAGGAUGGACGCCGCGACGCCCGAGCAGUUCGCGCGCAUCGACUUAAGGGUGGGGACCAUUGUGGACGCGUUCAACCACCCCGAGUCCGAGAAAUUGAUCGUCGAGGAGAUCGACCUGGGCGAGCCCGACGGGCCGCGGCAGAUCGUGUCCGGGCUGCAGGACUUCUACAAAGCGAGUGAGCUCGUCGGGAAGAAGGUUUUAGUAGUAGCAAACUUACCGACGGCGAAGUUGGGGGGCAUGCCUUCCGCCGGCAUGGUGUUGUGCGGUUCGGCGGACGAGAAGGCGAAGGUCGAGGUGUUGGAGCCGCCCGCGGCCUGCGAGGACGGCGAGCCGGCUUAUCUCGAGGGCGUGGACGCCGACCUGGCCACGCCGAACCAGGUGAAGAAGAAGAAGCUCUGGGCGCCGGUGGCCGCCGAACUCAAACUUGUCGGUGGUGUUGCUACGUUCGACGGCAAACCGAUCGAGACGUCGGAGGGGACGUGCUCCUGCGCGUCGAUCACGGACGGGCCGAUUUCUUAGAGUUCGUUAAAACACAAUUACUCUU